AUGCAGUCUGACGAUCUUAACUGGAACAUAUUGAAUAAAGGAUAUUGCUCCUUUAAAGUCAAGACAAAGUCACAGAAGUUUUGCCGAAAUGAAUACAAUCUGACUGGCUUGUGUAACAGAGCGUCUUGUCCACUUUCAAAUAGUCAGUAUGCCACCGUUCGUGAGGAAAAUGGCAUCUGUUAUUUGUAUAUGAAAGUAAUUGAGCGAAGCCAUUACCCCCGUCGAUUAUGGGAGAAGAAAAAGUUAUCUCAAAAUAUGGUUAAGGCGGUAGAGCAAAUUGAUGAAGCUUUAAUUCAUUGGUCAGAGUUCGUAAGGCACAAAUGUAAGGCUCGGUUAAUUCGCAUUCAUCAAAUUCUCUUUCGUAUGAGGAAAAUGAAAUUAUCUGGAAGGCAGAAAAAAAUCGUUCCGAUACAACGUAAAAUUGAAAGACGCGAAGUGCGUCGGGAGGAGAAGGCGCUUAUUGCAGCCAAACUGGAUAAUGCGAUUGAGAAAGAAUUGCUGAAUCGAUUGCGAGAAGGAACUUAUGGAGAUCUGUAUCAAUUCAGGUAUUUGGUGACUGUUUUUUCCAACUUCCUUUAUUUAAGACAUGCACAACGAGGAAGACAAAAUAUUACUAGAAGGAAAUCUCGAAUCAAGCCUCACAUUGAAAUCGAAUACGAGGACGAAGAACCAGUAAGGGCCCGUGCAAGAGAAACGAACUAG